GGCAACAAUUUGUUUGUUGAACCAAUCGAAUUAAAUUUCACCGGCGGUAAAUAAUCCUUCAAUUUUGACAAGAAAAUUAUACUUAAUAAACAUUUGUUGUUACACGGGGUGGUUUAAAGAAUGGCUGAGGAAGAACAGAAAGAAAAAGAAAAAAAAGUUGUACACACAUAUCCCUUGUGCAGACAUUCGGAUAUGCCUGAAGAGACGCGACUGGAAGUAAUGGAAUUGGCUGUUACCGCUUGCGAAAAAUUUGCUGCAAAUAAUGAGGCUGCUGCAAGAAUGAUAAAAGAGGAGAUGGACAAAAAGUAUGGACCACCUUUUCAUGUAGUCGUCGGGGAAGGAUUCGGAUUUGAAGUUUCUUACGAAAUCAAUAAUUUACUGUACAUGUUUUUUGGAGGAAACUUAGGAAUUUGUAUUUGGAAAUGUUGAAUAAAGUCCCAUUUAUAUUUUAAUAA